GGGAAGAGAGGAAGGGGUGGGGGGAGGAGAGAGAGAGAGAGAGAAGAAGAAGAAGGGGGUUUUCGAAUUCGUUCUCGCGAUCUCCCCAAAAUCCUAGGCCCGUUGGAAUCCGAUUCGCCAACCCCGGCUCCGAAUUCACCGUCCGAUUGGCCCUCUCCGGCGCUCUUCCUCUGUUUUCCGGCCGCGGAUCGGGAGGAUCGAGAGGGGACCGUAGAGAUCUGGUUGAGAUCCGUUGAGAUUCUUUGCUGGUGGCAUCUUCUUGGAUCCAUCUUCCCAGCUCCGUUCUUCGAAAUCUUUGAUGUUUUUCGGUUGGUAGAUCGAUUAGGGUUCCGAAAGGCAGCGGCUUGAGUCGAUGGGCCCUGGUUCGAUGGACGAGGAGGCCUCGAAGCCUCCGGCUUCUUCGAGUACGGAUGAUGGCGGUGGACAGAUAGAAUCUCGAUUCGCUCAUCUUUGCAAGGAACUGGCUCUUGGUCAGAGCAUGGAGAGGCAAGCGAUGGCCGCGUUUAAAGAAAGCAAGAAAUUUUUCUUGACGAAUAUGUCAGCGAUGGGAAACAGACCGGCGGAGGAGAUGGAGAGGUACUGGUCGGCAUUUGUGCUCUACUGCGUGACCAGACUGGGCAUGGGAGAGGUGAAGGAGGAGAAAGAGGGAGGCACGAUUACCCUAUGUCAAAUCUUGAGCGCCGCUAAGCUUAAUGUCGUGGUUUUCUUCAAAGAGGUGUCCCAGUUAUCUCUCAAGGCUGGCCGUAUUCUUAGUGGGCUCUACGGUUCUGACUGGGAGAAGAGGCUCGAGUUGAAGGAGUUACAGGAAAAUGUUGCGCAGUUGAUGGAUCUGAGCAGGUUCUACAGUAAGGCAUAUAAAGAAUUCUUCUUGCUGAAGAACAUUAGCAAUGCUCAACAAACUGAAGAUUCUAGAAGUGCGCAGUAUGUCUCGGACUGUCAUCGUUUUGGAUGGUUGCUGUUCCUAGCACUGCGUAUCCAUUCAGUUGGCCAUUUUAAUCUGGUGACGUGUACAAAUGGAUUAGUGUCGAUACUGGCCAUACUCAUUCUUCACAUACCCAAACACUUCAGAAAUUUUGCUAUCCAAGAUUCAGUUAGCUUUGCUAAGAGAUCCAACAAGGGCGUGAACCUUCUUGCUUCCUUUUGUGACAAAUAUCAUACUUCUGAAGAUGAGUUGAAGAGAAUGAUGGAAAAAACUAACAAGUUAAUCACAGAUAUUUUGAAGAAGAAGUCAUGUCCUGCUUCAGAAUGCAAAACAGAAAAUUUAGAUCACAUCAACACAGAUGGCUUGACAUAUUUUGAGGAUCUACUAGAGGGAAAGUCAUUGCAAUCGAGUAUGCUUAUUUUAGAGAAAGAUUAUGAUGAUGCAGUUAAUAAUAAAUGCGACUUAGAUGAACGCAUGUUUGUUAAUGAUGAGGGAAGUUUACUUGGUACUGAGAGCUUAUCUGGUGGAGCUAUGGGCUCAUGCAGCAUAAGGUGGAAAUUUGAUGGAUUUGCUUCACCAGCAAGGACAAUGACAAGCCUGUCAACUCCUCCUCAUUCUCCUACGUCUCCUUUAAGUGUUACUUGUAUCAAUAGCUCUAAACUGGCUCCUGUUACACCAGUGAGCACUGCCAUGACGACUGCAAAGUGGCUUCGAGAUGUCAUUUCUCCACUUCCACCAAAACCCUCAGCAGAGCUGGAACGGUUUCUUUCAUCAUGUCACAGGGAUGUAACCAAUGAAAUUAUACGUAGGGCCAAUGUAAUAUUGGAAGCAGUUUUUUCAAGUAAUUCUUUUGGAGAACGAUGUAUUUCUGGGAGUAUUCAGAGUAUAGAUGUGAUUGAUAGAACAUGGGCACAGGAGAGAAAAAUGGAGGCCCUAAAGUUGUACUAUAGGAUUUUGGAGGCGAUUUGUAGAGCAGAGUCGCAAUUACUGAAAACCAAUAAUCUUUCUUCAUUGUUAUCCAAUGAGAGAUUUCAUCGGUGCAUGCUUGCUUGUUCAUCUGAAUUAGUUUUGGCGACACACAGGACAGUCAUUAUGAUGUUUCCUGCUGUCUUGGAGGUAACUGGGUUAACAGCAUUUGAUUUAAGCAAAGUGAUCGAAACUUUUGUAAGACACGAGGAAACUCUUCCAAGAGAGUUGAAAAGACAUUUAAAUUCUUUGGAAGAACGGCUUCUAGAAAGCAUGGCAUGGGAAAAAGGUUCAUCAUUGUAUAAUUCCUUGAUUAUAGCAAGGCCAGCUCUUGCUGCAGAAAUUAAUCGUUUGGGGCUAUUAGCUGAACCAAUGCCAUCCCUCGAUGCCAUUGCAGUGCAACAUAAUAUUCCAAAUGGAGGCUUGCCACCCCAGUCUUCUCAAAAAUUUGAUGCUUUGCCAGAUCAGAAUGGUGAUGCCCGAUCACCUAAAAGGAUAUGCAUAGAGCAUUCUUCGUUUACAUCACCUGUCAAGGAACGUCUAUUGACUUUUAACUGUCUCAGGUCAAAGUUACCGCCUCUUCAGUCCACAUUUGCAAGCCCAUCACAGCCUAGUCCUACAGGAGAAGGGGAAACAUGUGCUGAGACAGGGAUUAAAGUUUUCUUUAGUAAGAUUUUAAAGUUAGCUGCUAUCAGGAUUAGAAGUUUGUCUGAAAGGCUACAGCUCUCUCAACAAAUUUCAGAAUGUGUGUACUGUGUUAUCCAACAAAUUCUGUAUCAGAGGACAGCUCUUCUUUUCAACCGACAUAUUGACCAACUCAUCCUAUGCAGCUUCUACGGCGUUGCUAAGGUUUUGCAACUAGGUUUGACCUUCAAGAAUAUUGUCAACAAUUAUAGAAAGCAACCACAAUGUAAACCUCAAGUUUUCCAGAGCAUCUUCGUUAAUUGGCCAUCAGCAAAUCAUAAUGGGAGAAUGGUGCAGGAGCAUGUUGAUAUUAUUACCUUUUACAAUGAAAUAUUUAUUCCAACAGUCAAGCCUUUGUUGAUGGAACUAGCCCCUGCUGGAGAUGUCACAGAAGAUAAAAAUAAUGCUAACGGCCCAGGGUCACCAAAGUUGUCAUCUUUCCCAAAUCUCCCAGAUAUGUCCCCAAAGAAAGUUUCUGCUGCUCAUAAUGUUUAUGUGUCUCCUUUGCGACAAUCAAAGAGGGAUGAGCUGAUUUCACCGAGCUCCAGGAGUUACUAUGCAUGCAUUGGUGAGAGCACUCAUGCUUAUAGGAGCCCAUCCAGCGAUCUUGCAGCCAUCAAUAACCGCCUUAAUUGUGGCAGUUUUAGGAGGAUUAACAGCAGGCUCAACUUUGACAUUGUGAGCGAUUCUAUGGUAGGUGGCUCUCUUGGCUAUCCAAAUGGCACUUUGGCAUCUUCAGCUGCUCCUGCCACCCCAAACCUACCCAUGAAACGCGAGCAGCCUGACCCCUGACUAGCUCUUGGACUACUGCCCUUGUAUGUAGCCUGCUCUGACCCACCGUAACCUUUCAUAGAUUCUCUUUCGGGGAGAGUAUAAUUUUUAUUUGUAUCCUGCUUAUAUGAAAUAGGGCAUUAGGCGAGCAGCACAUGCUGUAGAAUAAAUAAUUCGGCUGCUCUCUCUGAUUUGCUAUAUUUUUUUAUAAAUUGACAUAUAUAUAUAUAUAUAUAUGCUUACCUAACUUAAUAAAAAUUUCCUCAUUGUCUCUUUAGCA